ACUCAAAGCGAACAGAUCUUUCCGCAGCACUCAGAUCCUCUCAAAUCAUCUCGAAUCUAUUUACACAAUGGCCGAGCUACUUUUCCCCCAACUGGAGCGUCCUCUGCCUUCGCUGCCAUCGCUUCACUACACCCUAUUUGCAUACAGGGAGGAACUGCGACGACGUGAUGCUCCGUUCAUGAAGAUGUCCACCAUCAAGCUGCACCUCACGGACAACCUCAUUCUGCAGACCAUCAAGAACAUCCGGCAGUACGACACCAUGGAGAUCAUGAAUCUCAACCAGGAGAUCAACUUCAAGCGGCGGUUGACCAAGCAAAUGAGGAAGGUGCGCAAGCUGGAGAAACUGGGACUCAACAUCGAUCCCCGGAAACUCAACGAAGGAGACCAGUGGCACUAAGGACUGACUCAAAAGGAUCUCAUAAUACUUUACUUAAAACUCUUUCGGAUAUCAUACACACACCCAACUAUUCUUGCAUACUCUGAGCAUGUGAAAUUAGAUUGUAAGCCAACAUUUCCU